GAUUGCUCAUAACCCUUCUUCCCCUUCACAGCCGCCGCUUCCGUUGUCCGCUUCCCCAUUCACAACGAUUUCUCCUUGCGCGCCACUCCUUCCGCCGUGUUGGAGAAGAUGACGAAGGAAAAGGAGACUCUGCUUCCAUCGGCCAUCAAGAAUAAGGAGAAGAGGUCGGCGGUGCAUGCCAAGCUGAAGCACCAGAAGAAGGUGGAGAAGCGUAAGAAGGCCAAGGCUCGUGAGGCCGAGGAGAAGAGAGCCCUGGAGUUGGGGGAGGAGCCUCCUCCCAGAAAAAUCCCUCGCACCAUCGAGAACACCCGUGAACUUGACGAGACCGUGUGCAAGCCUGACGAUGAGGAGCUGUUUGCGGGCAAUGAUGCUGAUGAAUUCAGUUCAGUCUUGAAACAAGAGUGCAUUCCUAAGGUCUUGAUCACGACUUCCCGCUUCAAUUCUACGAGGGGACCCUCUUUUAUUACAGACCUUCUCUCUGUCAUUCCCAAUGCUCAUUACCACAAGAGAGGAACCUAUGACCUUAAAAAGAUUGUUGAGUAUGCAAAAAAGAAAGAUUUCACAUCAAUCAUAGUCAUUCACACCAACCGUCGGGAACCAGAUGCCCUGUUGAUUAUUGCAUUACCUGAUGGCCCAACUGCCCACUUCAAACUUUCAAAGCUUGUUUUGCGGAAGGACAUUAAGAAUCAUGGAAAUCCGACCAGUCACCAGCCCGAGUUAGUUUUGAAUAAUUUCACUACACGCUUGGGGCAUCGUGUAGGCAGACUAAUACAAUCGCUAUUCCCGCAAGACCCUAAUUUCCGUGGUCGGAGGGUUGUUACCUUCCACAAUCAACGUGAUUUUAUAUUCUUCCGCCAUCACCGUUACAUUUUCGAAACGAAGGAAAGCAAACAGCCGGAAUCAAAAGGUAAAGGAAAAAAAGAUAAGGACGCCCAGCCUCAGGAGAAAGUGAUUGCCAGGCUUCAGGAAUGUGGUCCUCGCUUCACACUGAAGCUUAUCAGUCUACAGCAUGGAACAUUUGAUACGAAAGGAGGCGAAUAUGAAUGGGUACAUAAGCCGGAAAUGGAUACAAGCCGGAGGAGAUUUUUCUUGUGAUCUACUUUGAGAUGUGAUAUAUCAGCGAACUUCAAAGCUAUGUGGAAGUUAAAAGGAGUCGGAUACCAAGUCUCAUGAUGCGAUGUUAACGAUUUUGCUGACCAGUUGAGCUAUUGAUUUUGUACUUGUCAUUUUUGCUGCAGAAUUUCUCCCUCCAUGUCUGAAAGAAGAGCCCCUCUUUGCUUUUAGUUUCUAAAUUUAUGUUCCUAUAGAGGUGUAUAAGAACUAAUGACACUGUUCCUUCCAUGUUAUAUACUAUGAGAGAAGAUUGAGUUUAUCAGCAGAAAUAUACAGUCAGAUUUUAAUGUAAAUUAGCGUAAAGUUUAUAGACGAA